UACUGGGCUCUGAGAUACCUACAAUAACAAGUUAAAUAGAUUAAAUAAAUGGUGCUUGGGUGGUAACAUAAAAUACUUCAUAGUAAGGAUAAUAAUAAAAAAUAUUUUUUUAUUUUAUGUGGACGUGUUGCUAAAAAAUAAAAGUUAUAAAUAUUAAUUUGUUCGGUGCUAAUUGUAAAUUAUGCAAGCCAUUGCUUAGCAUAGCAAGUUUACACUUAAAGUUUUAUCUGUGCAAAUCCGAAAAUCGAGUUCUACCAUAUGUAUUCAAUCAAAACAAUCAUUAACAAGUCUUCAUUUGUGUCAUUUACAAUUAUGUUAGAAUUCGCACAAGUUAUUUUAAACGGUUGUCUAUACCAAUGUGUAUCAUUAUUUUCUUUUAAGUUACGUGCCUUAAACAUCUUUUAAGACAUGCUUAUAUUAUGAGCUUUUGAAUUUUAGUUAAAAUCUAAGAUAUAUCAUAGUCCGUGGUCAUAAACUCGUAAACGUAAUUCUCAACAUGACAAAAUAGAUCUAUUUGGCAUUUGUGGACUGUUGAGAAUCAUUACAAAUCACCAACAUAUAGAAUAAACUUAAAACUAUACAGAAUAAUAAUAUUAUAUAAAUCUAUGUGACAAAUAGAUCUAUUUUGUAAUGAUUCUUAACUUCUUAAGUUGUCAAUUUCUCAACAGUCUCAACAAAUGUCAAAUAAUAGUAAAUACCAGAACCAGAGUCCAGAAAUCAGAAAACACUAUAAACAUUAACCUAACCAAAAGUAGUGUUAUCAAUGUAAUUUAAUAUUAUCAUUCUUUAUUGUUAUUAUUUUAAUGAUUUCGCGCCAAAUUGUAUGCCACAGCCACUCAUAGAACAAAAUAAAAUAUUACUUUAUGAAUUAUGAUAAAUCUAGUACCUACACCUCAGUAUUUCAGUUACAAGUAUUUAACUCGUAUCUUGUUAGUUAUUAAUUUUAACUUACUGUUACCAUUUAUUAUUCGUCUGUUUUCACUUAAACUGAAUUGUAGAGAACAAUAUUAAAUUAAAAUCAGUCAAAUUUCUUUAAUCUUGUGUAGAUUUUAUUACGGUAUUCCUAUUGCAAUUUCACCGAUAUUCGUCAUUUCAUUUUAUGCAAAUUCUGACAAUCCUGUGUUAAGAUAACCUUUCCACCGUCUCGUUGUCACUUGUCGACUGUCGCCGGAUAAUUUUGUAAUUUAACAAAAUGACAAAAUCUGCUAUGCGAGGCGCAUUAAUUGUUUUGGAAGGAUGUGAUAGAUCUGGAAAAACCACUCAAUGUGCAAAAUUAGUUGAAGCAUUAAAUAAUAUGAAAAUACCAGCAAAAAAAAUAUCGUUUCCAGAUCGAUCUACUCCUAUUGGUUCAUUAAUCAAUGAUUACUUAUCAAGGAAAAUAGAGUUACCAGAUAGAUCAGUACAUUUACUUUUCACUGCUAAUCGUUGGGAACUAGAACCAGAAAUUCGUAAGCAAAUUGAGGCUGGCGUAACAUUAAUUGUGGAUCGUUACUCGUAUUCUGGUGUAGUUUUUACAAGUGCCAAACAAUGUGUGGAUUUCAAAUGGUGUUGUGGUCCAGAAAAUGGUUUACCCAAACCAGAUAUAGUAAUGUUUUUAAAAUUAUCUACUGGAGAAAUGGCUAAACGGUCAGGUUUUGGUGAUGAAAGAUAUGAAAAUAUUGAAUUUCAACAUAAAGUUGAUAUAAAUUAUGAUAAAUUUAAAAACGAUAAUUUUAUUCAAGUAGAUGCAGCUCAAGAUGUGUCAAUUUUAACAAACACUCUUUUAGAGCAAGUUUUAAAAACUAUAGAUACAGUUAAAAAUCAAGAAUUAGAUGAUUUAGUUUUGCAAUAAAAUGAAUGUUACCAAUACUAAAACUAUGAAUAUAGUUAAUGUUUUAUGUUAUAAAUCAAUAUAUAUAUAUAUAAUUUUUCUUUUUCAAAAAUAAUCAUCAUUCCCCUUAUUAUGUAUUUAAUAAUUUAUUAAUUAAAUGCUAUAAAGUUACUUUGAUUUAGUUUAAGUUUUUAUGAAUGAAAUUAAUGUAUUAUCUACUUAUUUAUAAUUUAACUUUUAAUUUUAGAUAAAUUAGGUAUCUAUUAUUUUAUUUAAAAAAUAACAUUUUAUUAUGUACACUAUUUAAUAUUGAGUAAAUGUCAAAUAAUUUAUUUAUUUGUUGACAUAUCUAAUAAAAUUUUGUGAAGCACUGAGCAAUUAAGUGUUCAUUUACUUAUCAUUUAGUAACCACCAAAGUCUAUAACCAUUCAAACUCCAAUAACUUAAAAUCAUUGUUAUUUGGUUAUAUAUUAUUUUUAGUUUGAUAAUACAUUAUAACAUAUACCAUUAACAAUGAUCCAAUUAUAAUCAGGAACACCUGAUUGUUUUUCAUAGUUUAUACUAGAGACCAUUGGUAUACACUAUACAUAAUACGUUAUGUACAAGGUUCUUUAAACUUUCGUUUGUAUUCAUUCCUGUAAUCAUUUCUUCUAAAUGUCUUAAAGACGCAUGAUAUCGCUGUUUUGUUUAAUACGCAUAGACAAGAAAUAAAUGUUAACUGCUGAUUA